AUGUCCGCGGGCGGCAGCGCCAGGAAGAGCACCGGGAGGCCCUCCUACUACUACCGGCUGCUGCGGCGGCCCCGGCUGCAGCGACAGAGGAGCCGCUCCCGCAGCCGGACCCGGCCCGCCAGGGAGUCGCCCCAGGAAAGGCCAGGCUCCCGGCGCAGUCUACCCGGCAGCCUGUCGGAGAAGAGCCCCAGCAUGGAGCCCUCGGCCGCUACGCCGUUCCGGGUCACGGGCUUCCUCAGCCGCCGCCUCAAGGGCUCCAUCAAGCGCACCAAGAGCCAGCCCAAGCUGGACCGCAACCACAGCUUCCGCCACAUCUUGCCGGGGUUCCGGAGCGCCGCCGCCGCCACCGCCGCCGCCGCCGCGGACAAUGAGAGGUCCCAUCUGAUGCCCAGGCUGAAGGAGUCUCGCUCCCACGAGUCCCUGCUCAGCCCCAGCAGUGCGGUAGAAGCGCUGGACCUCAGCAUGGAGGAGGAGGUGGUCAUCAAGCCCGUGCACAGCAGCAUCUUGGGCCAGGACUACUGCUUCGAGGUGACGACGUCGUCGGGAAGCAAGUGCUUCUCCUGCCGAUCGGCAGCUGAGCGGGAUAAGUGGAUGGAGAACCUCCGGCGAGCGGUACACCCCAACAAGGACAACAGCCGGCGUGUGGAGCACAUCCUGAAGCUGUGGGUCAUCGAGGCCAAGGACCUGCCGGCCAAGAAGAAGUACCUGUGUGAGCUGUGCCUGGACGAUGUGCUCUACGCCCGCACUACGGGCAAGCUCAAGACCGACAAUGUCUUCUGGGGGGAGCACUUUGAGUUCCACAACCUGCCGCCCCUGCGCACCGUCACCGUCCACCUGUACCGGGAGACGGACAAGAAGAAGAAGAAGGAGCGCAACAGUUACCUGGGCCUGGUGAGCCUGCCGGCUGCCUCCGUGGCUGGGCGGCAGUUCGUGGAGAAGUGGUACCCGGUGGUGACACCCAACCCCAAGGGCGGCAAGGGCCCUGGGCCCAUGAUCCGCAUCAAGGCGCGCUACCAGACCAUCACUAUCCUGCCCAUGGAGAUGUACAAGGAGUUUGCCGAGCACAUCACCAACCACUACCUGGGGCUCUGUGCGGCCCUCGAGCCCAUCCUCAGCGCCAAGACCAAGGAGGAAAUGGCAUCGGCCCUGGUGCACAUUCUGCAGAGCACGGGCAAGGUGAAGGACUUCCUGACGGACCUGAUGAUGUCAGAGGUGGACCGCUGCGGGGACAACGAGCACCUUAUCUUCCGGGAGAACACGCUGGCCACUAAGGCCAUCGAGGAGUACCUCAAGCUGGUGGGCCAGAAGUACCUGCAGGAUGCGCUAGGUGAGUUCAUCAAAGCGCUAUAUGAGUCGGAUGAGAACUGCGAAGUAGACCCAAGCAAGUGCUCGGCCGCCGACCUCCCUGAGCACCAGGGCAACCUCAAGAUGUGUUGCGAGCUAGCCUUCUGCAAGAUCAUCAACUCCUACUGUGUCUUCCCGCGGGAGCUGAAAGAGGUGUUUGCCUCAUGGCGGCAGGAGUGCAGCAGCCGAGGCCGGCCCGACAUCAGUGAGCGGCUCAUCAGUGCCUCCCUGUUCCUGCGCUUCCUCUGCCCGGCCAUCAUGUCGCCCUCGCUCUUCAACCUGCUGCAGGAGUACCCCGACGACCGCACAGCCCGCACCCUCACCCUCAUCGCCAAGGUCACCCAGAACCUGGCCAACUUCGCCAAGUUUGGCAGCAAGGAGGAGUACAUGUCAUUCAUGAACCAGUUCCUGGAGCACGAGUGGACCAACAUGCAACGCUUCCUGUUGGAGAUCUCCAAUCCCGAGACCAUCUCCAACACUGCCGGCUUCGAGGGCUACAUCGAUCUGGGCCGUGAGCUCUCUAGUCUGCACUCGCUGCUCUGGGAGGCCGUCAGCCAGCUGGAGCAGAGCAUUGUAUCCAAACUGGGGCCCCUGCCUCGAAUCCUGAGGGAUGUCCACACAGCACUGAGCACCCCAGGCAGUGGGCAGCUCCCAGGGACCAACGACUUGGCCUCCACUCCUGGCUCUGGCAGUAGCAGCAUCUCAGCCGGGCUGCAGAAGAUGGUGAUAGAGAAUGAUCUCUCUGGUCUGAUAGAUUUCACCCGGUUACCGUCUCCAACCCCCGAAAACAAGGACUUGUUUUUUGUCACAAGGUCCUCCGGGGUCCAGCCCUCACCUGCCCGCAGCUCGAGUUACUCGGAAGCCAACGAGCCUGAUCUUCAGAUGGCCAAUGGUGGCAAGAGCCUGUCUAUGGUGGACCUCCAAGAUGCCCGCACGCUGGACGGGGAGGCAGGCUCCCCGGCGGGCCCCGACACCCUCACUACCGAUGGGCAGGCGCCGGCCUCUCAGCUGGUGGCCGGGUGGCCGGCCCGGGCGGCCCCAGCGAGCCUGGCAGGGCUGGCCACGGUGCGGCGGGCGGGCCAGACCCCGACCACGCCGGGCACCUCCGAGGGCGCCCCCGGCCGGCCCCAGCUAUUGGCGCCGCUGUCCUUCCAGAACCCCGUGUACCAGAUGGCGGCUGGCCUGCCACUUUCGCCUCGUGGCCUUGGCGACUCGGGCUCCGAGGGCCACAGCUCCUUGAGCUCUCACAGCAACAGUGAGGAGCUGGCAGCUGCCGCCAAGCUGGGAAGUUUCAGCAGCCCCGCUGAAGAGCUGGCGCGGCGGCCCGGGGAGCUGGCGCGGCGGCAGAUGUCACUGACUGAGAAGGGCGGGCAGCCCACGGUGCCGAGGCAGAACAGUGCCGGCCCCCAGCGGAGGAUCGACCAGCCACCGCCACCGCCCCCACCGCCCCCUCCUGCGCCCCGUGGCCGGACGCCACCCACCCUGCUGAGCACCCUGCAGUACCCGCGGCCCUCGAGUGGAACCCUGGCAUCAGCCUCGCCUGAUUGGGCUGGCCCCGGAGCCCGGCUUCGGCAACCCUCGUCUUCGUCCAAGGGUGACAGCCCGGAGCUGAAGCCUCGUGCGGUGCACAAGCAGGGCCCUUCACCUGUGAGCCCCAAUGCCCUGGACCGCACGGCCGCUUGGCUCUUGACCAUGAACGCGCAGUUGUUAGAAGACGAGGGCCUGGGCCCAGACCCCCCCCACAGGGAUAGGCUAAGGAGUAAGGAGGAGCUCAGCCAAGCAGAAAAGGACCUGGCAGUGCUGCAGGACAAGUUGCGAAUCUCUACCAAGAAGCUGGAGGAGUAUGAGACCCUGUUCAAGUGCCAGGAGGAAACGACACAGAAGCUGGUGCUGGAGUACCAGGCACGGCUGGAGGAGGGUGAGGAGCGGCUGCGGCGGCAGCAGGAGGACAAGGACAUCCAGAUGAAGGGCAUCAUCAGCAGGUUGAUGUCAGUGGAGGAGGAGCUGAAGAAGGACCACGCUGAGAUGCAAGCAGCUGUAGACUCCAAACAGAAGAUCAUUGAUGCCCAGGAGAAGCGCAUCGCCUCACUGGACGCCGCCAACGCCCGCCUCAUGAGCGCCCUGACGCAGCUGAAAGAGAGGUACAGCAUGCAAGCCCGUAACGGCGUCUCCCCCACCAACCCCACCAAAUUGCAGAUUACUGAGAACGGCGAGUUCCGAAACAGCAGCCAUUGUUAACCUGCCCAAGGAGGGAGGACCGUGGUGGCCUGGGGCCAGCCUCAGCCUGGGGAGCCCCAGCGUGGGGGCGGGAGGCCCAGGCCCCCCCCCCUUCCCUCCACCUGCGGUCCAGGAGGUGCCACGGAGGGAGCCUCGACAGACUGACGCAGCAUGGGCCCGCUCCCCUCUCUUCUGGCCCGAGAAGCGAGUUCGGUGCAGGCCAAAGAGACUGCAGGCUGGGGGGUGGGACGGCCUGGGGCGAGCAGGG